GGAGGAGGAGGAGGAGGAGGAGGAGGAGGACGCCCAUACUCUCUCGAAAAGGCGGGUGCACAGCGCACGCCCCGCCUCCGCCACCCACCAUCACCACCCACAUCACCGCCUGCCGCCCACUCUUGCUGCUGCCCGUAGCCUUGACCAUUUGACCGGGCCGGGGAGCGAGACGCAAGACAGCGGCCCCGCCCCGACAACCCCACGCCGCGCCAUGUCUGCCACCUCCUGCAGAAGCCACCGCUCCCCUCGACCCUCCUCCGCUCUCUCCGCCAGGAGUCCCGGGCAGCGGCGAGGCGAGGGAGGAGACCCUGGUGGCGGCGAGGGACCCUGCUGGAGUCCCCGCUUUCUUCCCCACCACCGCUCCGUCAGCACUGUCUCUCUGGCGGACUCAGCCAUUCUGGCCAAGUUCAUGGACGGACUGGACAACAUGCAGCUGCCGGCAAGGGACGUCCGCCUGCUGGAGUUGUUGGUUAAGAAGCACGAGCGGCUGUACGAGGAGCACAACAGGUCCCAGCAAGCCCACCGCGCCUGGCUGCUGCAGAAGGAACGUGAUACUAAGGCGGCAGCGUCAGAGUGGGCUGCAUGGCGCUCGCAGGUGAAUGAAAAACGGCGGCGGGAGAACGAGGAGAACCUUCGUCGGUGGCGGCGCCUGGAGGAAGUGUUUCGGCAGAGUCAGGAGAACCUGGCCUCCCUCAUCAACGGCAAGGAGCGACGCGCCAGGGAACUGCUUACCCUCCAGCGUCAGGCCAGGGCCCGGCGGGUGGAGGAGCGACGGUCGGCGGAGAGCGCAAGGAAGGAGGCACAGGAGGCGGCGCUGCGGGCCCGGGAGGAGGCAGAGGAGCGCAAACGGCAGCAUUUGAUUCAAAUGUGGGAGCAGCAGCAGCGCCUGGUGGAGCAGCGGCGGCGAGAGAGGAGGAGGAGUUCUUCAGGAGGCGAGUGGCAGAAGGUAACCUGGCGGAGACAGAGCAGCAGGAGGCGAGGCGGGCAGCAAGUGGAGGCGCGGGGGGAGGCGCUGUUGGCAGCCAUGAGGAGCAACAUGGAGGAGCGGCUGGCCAGGGCGGAGGCCAACCUGCGGCUAUUGAACGAGGCCAGGGAGGACACGCUAUGCAGGCAGAGGGAUGAGCGGGAGCGGCGCGCGGCGGCGGUGCGGGCGCUGCACAACCAGCUGGAGGCGUCCAUGAUGCAGUGGCGCCAGCACAUCCUGACGCGCCAGCUGGAGGCCAUGGCUGCGGCGGAGGCCAGGCAGGAGCAGUACCUUCGAUCACGUGCCAACAGGAUCUACGCUGAGAGGAAUUCCCGCCACAUUCACCACCACCACCUCCUGCAGCAGGUGCUGGCGAGGGAGGAGGCGGAAUUGGCUAUGGUGAGGAGGUGCCUGGACGCCAAGGACACGAGAUCACAGGAGCUGGCGAGGGAGAGGGAGAGACAAGUGGCCAGGGCUCGCUCUACGGCGCACACCACUGCUGCUCUCAGGGAUAACCUCAAGAAGAAGCUGGCGCCCGAGACAUUCGACAAGGUGGUUGCCCGCGCUAACUUGGAGCUAAGGAUUGAAAACCGUCCCCCGGCCACCUCCUCCAUGGGAACGCGAUCUCAUAUCUUCCUAGGCUGAGGCUGACCGACGCUCCUACACUCCCACGCCCCCUCUCAGUCUUGCACGUCUAGCUACACGCCACUAACGGAGCACUUAUUGCACUUACGCACUCACUCAAUGGACUAACACACAGUUCUCUCUCCUCAACGGGUCAAGGUUUCAUCUGCUUCACGUGUGUUCUGUAUUCAUUAAUUUGUAUUCAGAAACGCUUCGCUCUCUUUCCAUGACUAUUUUCAAGGGCCACAGAGAUGAUUAGCCAGGUUCUCAUGAGUGCUUCUUAUGUUAAUAAUUGGUUAAAAUACUUAAAAGAUUGUGGGGAAUUGCUCUCAUUAAAUAAAUUCUAGGAUACGCAUUAUAUUUCCAAAUUAUAGUCGUCAGUCUUGUAAUUGAUAGUUGGUACUUGUUCGGUCUUCUCAACUCCACUCCUGAAACUCUCAGUUCGAAUGCUCUUUUCGUAAUUUUGAAAAUAGUUGGCAAACAAUCGGGUGGGUGAUUGCUAUUCUUUGCUAAAACCCUCCGCGCCAUUCUUCUACAGUUUGUUGUCCGUGGGAGGCCUUGUAUGGGAGAGGGAGGGAGAGAGAGGGUAAAACAAGGAAAACAAGGAUAAACUUUUCAAGAGAGAGAGAGAGAGAGAGAGAGAGAGGGUGGCGGUGCGAAGACCCGAAAAGUGUGAAUUGCUUUAAUUAAUUGAUACACUUCCUUUAAGUAAACCGCUGCCAUUCAUGCUGAAGUUUUUACAUGCUGGUAACUUACUCCACGAAGUAUAAUAAGAGGUGGAAGGCUGAGUGGAAAAAAGGCACGCACUGGCUCCUACACUUUGUAACUCCAGUUUAUUAAACCUAAAUGGGGGAAAAAAAAAAAAUUGAGUACCUAUAAAUAUCCACUGGUACCUGACUCAUUUGAAACUGGUGGUGGAAACAGAGCUAACUAAAUAAAUGUUUUCUUAAAAAGAAUUUUCCUUAUACUAUUUAUCCAAAAGUCAUUUACCCAUCACACUCAGUCCAGCGUGAUUGAUAGAUAUUUGAGGCACCUAGAAAGAGUCUAUCUUAUUAUUUUCUUUCCUCCACUAAACUCAAAAUAAAUAUAAGCAUAUGGGUUGACAUUUAGGAAGUGCAUGUUAUUAGAAAACUGUAUGAAAUGAGAAAUUCACCCAGAUUUCACCACCAAUGAAGUAGCUGAGAAAUAACACUGGGAUACAGCAAAGGUGUGAUAUCUCACCAUCAUUGUUCAACUUGUACACUGAAGAGCCCAUGGUAUCAGGAAAUCAGAAAAGGGGACGGGGGGGGGGGGAUAUUAGAGGUAAGACAAUGGGAUGCACUGAUGUAGCAGCAGUGAUGGGAACAUGAUAGUAAUUACCUAGUGUGUCCAGUAUAUCUCAAGGUAUACAGAGAUAUUUUCCUUUAUAAGUUACAUAAUAGAUUGUUGAGGUUAUGAUACAAUUAGUGAUUGAGUCAGGUUCCAAAGAGUUUAUUACAAAAAUUCUUGAAAAAUCUACAAAUCAAAUGACAUAACUGUAACAACUCUGUCACAUCACGCCUCGUGUUGUACCUUGCGCUGUGUUGAGGGUUCUGCAUAGCCGUGUUCAAUCAACCAAGACCGCAUCCCCACAUGAACAAUGGCUGUACUGUGGGGAUACUUGCAAGGAUUCUGUGCUGCUAUUUUCAACCAAUCACCACUAUGUCCCCACACAAACAAUGGCUGUGCUGUGGGGACACUUGCAAGGAUUCUGUGCUGCUGUGUUCAACCAACCACCACUACGUUCUCACACAACUAAUGGCUGUGCUGUGGGGACACUUCAAAAAAACAAAUUUCACAAAUGAAAAAUUGUCCAAAAGCAGUGAUUUUGAAGCUCUUGCCUGUGUGUUGCUACUCAUCAUGAUGCCUCAAUAAAAACACCAUACAU